AUGGGUGCAGAAUAAUCUGUGGCACACGGAAUUGUUAAAUCAAAGAACUUUACAAUUAUAGGUUAUAAGGAAAAUGAAAUUUAUGGAUCUUUCAAAUUAAUUGAUUCUCAAUCAAAUUAAUAUGCUAUGGUCUCCAAGACUUGUUAGAGUUAUGAAGAAUAUACUAAUUUAUGUUAGAUACUCAAAGAAUCUAAGUCUCUGAAUGAAAUUGAUCAUUUAGUAAAAUUAGUGGAAGUUGACACUCAAGAAGAAACAAAUUUAUGUAGUACAUUUUAUAAAGUCACUGCCUUAUAUGAGUAUUACGAUAUAAGUCUAAGACAAAUCACAAAAGAGGCAUCAAUAAAUUGUUUGUUUGUAUUAAAGUGUCUGGCUGAGAUACUGAGCUAAUUAUAUGAACAUAACAUUGUACAUGGAAAUUUAACUCCAGAUUAUGUUUUGAUUGAGAAGAUAAAAGGAGAGGUCAAAUUGAAUAAUAGUACUUAACUAACUGGAUAUAAUCAUUACAAAAGAAUUUUAUCAGGUGAUAGUUUAUGGUAUUUGUCACCUGAAUUACUCACUGCUUUAGGUAAGAAGGAACUCAGACCUUAAUAUAAUCAUGAGAAGAAUGAAGUUUAUUAAUUGGGAUUGAUAGCUUUAGAGUUUUGGGGAAAUUGUAAUAUUUCAGACAUAUAUGAUAGACAAAAUUACAGAAUGAAUGAGACUGUGAUAUAGGAAUCCAUAGAUGAGUUUGGUGUGAGAAAUGGUUAUGUAUUGAAAAAUGUGAUAAAGUAAAUGUUGUAGGAAGACCCAAAUGCAAGACCAACAAUGAGCGAAUUGUGUUCUUCUUUUAAGCAGCUGUUUGAGAUCCAAAAAUAAAUAGAGGAGCGAAAAGUGUAAUAGUAUGAAGAGUAGGGUUAAUAAUACGAGUAAAUCAAUAACUAUUAAGAAAUCAACAAAGAAGCUCUUGAGAUUCAUGAUGAGGUAUUAUAGUUUAAUAAGGAAUCAUUCUAAUAUUAAGAAGAAGGAAAGAACAAUAUUCAUUAUGAAAACUCACCUCGAGAUUAAUUUGAAGAAUCUCCAAGGAAAGUAGAAAAAUAAAAUGUUGAGUUUAAUACCCAAUCAGUAAAGUAGUCAGUGAACUAAUCAAUAAAAGAAUACUAUGUAACUGGAUCAAUUGCUGCUUAAUUUGGAUAAUUAAAUUUACUGGAGAGCAAUGCAGACUAUAAGAGUAAUGGGAUAACUCAUUUAUAAGAUGAUGGAGAUGUGUUAUAAGAAAAGUCAUAAAACCAUCCAACUUCGCCUAAAGGUCAAGAUUCUAUCAAACCAAAAAAGAGUGUGAAGGUUAAUGUAGCCUCAGCAAACAAAAAAGGAGUCUCAAUAAAAAGACCUAAACAUGAGGUUAUGGACACUAAACUACCUAAAUAGGCAGUUGUUGUGAGCAAAAAGAGAUGA